UUCCAAGCGGCGGUGGCGGCGGCGGCGGCGGCGGAGGCGGAGGCAGCAGCGGUGGCGGGGGCGGGGCUGGCCUCACCCGGAAUGAAAACAAACGGCGGCCGCCGGCGCAUCCGGGCACUCUGUUGGUCGCAGCGGGCGUGGCGUGGCGCAGGGAUGGCACAAAAGAAAUACCUUCAAGCAAAAUUGACCCAGUUUUUAAGGGAAGACAGGAUUCAGCUUUGGAAACCUCCAUAUACAGAUGAAAAUAAAAAAGUUGGUUUGGCAUUAAAGGACCUUGCUAAGAAGUAUUCUGACAAACUAGAAUGCUGUGAAAAUGAAGUAGAAAAGAUAAUAGAAGAAAUACGUUGCAAGGCAAUUGAGCGUGGAACAGGAAAUGAAAAUUAUAGAACAACAGGAAUUGCUACAAUCGAGGUGUUUUUACCACCAAGACUAAAAAAAGAUAGGAAAAACUUGUUGGAGACCCGAUUGCUCAUCACUGGCAGAGAACUGAGGUCCAAAAUAGCUGAAACCUUUGGAUUUCAAGAAAAUUAUAUCAAAAUUGUCAUAAAUAAGAAGCAACUACAACUAGGGAAAACCCUUGAAGAACAAGGUGUGGCUCACAAUGUGAAAGCGAUGGUGCUUGAACUCAAACAGUCUGAAGAGGAUGUGCGGAAAAACUUCCAGUUAGAGGAAGAGGAACAAAACGAGGCUGAACUCAAAGAAAAACAAAUUCAGAGGACCAAGAGAGGACUAGAAAUACUGGCACAGAGAGCAGCUGAGACGGUGGUGGAUCCAGAAAUGACACCGUACUUAGACAUAGCUAACCAGACAGGCAGAUCAAUCAGAAUUCCCGCAUCAGAAAGAAAAGCCCUUAUGUUAGCUAUGGGAUAUCAUGAGAAGGGCAGAGCUUUCCUGAAAAGAAAAGAAUAUGGAAUAGCCUUGCCAUGUCUGUUGGACGCUGACAAAUAUUUCUGUGAGUGUUGCAGAGAGCUGCUGGACACAGUGGAUAACUAUGCCGUCCUCCAGCUGGAUAUAGUGUGGUGUUACUUCCGCCUGGAACAACUGGAAUGCCUUGAUGAUGCAGAAAAAAAAUUAAACUUGGCCCAGAAAUGCUUUAAAAAUUGUUAUGGAGAAAAUCAUCAGAGACUGGUCCACAUAAAAGGAAAUUGUGGGAAAGAGAAAGUACUGUUUCUAAGACUCUACUUACUUCAAGGUAUCCGAAACUAUCACAGUGGAAAUGAUGUAGAGGCUUGUGAGUAUCUUAACAAGGCACGUCAGCUCUUGAAAGAGCUAUAUAUCGAUCCAUCAAAAGUGGACAAUUUGUUGCAGUUGGGAUUUACUGCCCAGGAAGCCCGGCUUGGCCUGAGGGCGUGUGAUGGGAACGUGGAUCAUGCGGCCACUCAUAUUACCAACCGCAGAGAGGAAUUGGCCCAAAUAAGGAAGGAGGAAAAAGAGAAGAAAAGACGCCGCCUCGAGAACAUCAGGUCUCUGAAAGGGAUGGGCUACUCCACGCACGCAGCCCAGCAGGCGCUCCACGCAGCCAGCGGGAACCUGGACGAGGCCCUGAAGAUUCUGCUCAGCAAUCCUCAGAUGUGGUGGUUAAAUGAUUCCAAUCCUGAAACCGACAACCGUCAAGAAAGUCCUUCCCAGGAAAACAUUGACCAAUUGGUGUACAUGGGUUUUGAUGCACUUGUGGCCGAAGCUGCGCUGAGAGUGUUCAGAGGCAACGUCCAGCUGGCUGCCCAGACCCUUGCUCACAACGGAGGAAGCCUGCCUCCCGACCUGCCGCUGUCGCCGGAAGACUCUUUGUCCCCGCCAGCCACAUCCCCUUCUGACUCUGCAGGAGCCUCUAGUGCCUCAACAGACGAAGACAUGGAGACAGAGGCCGUCAAUGAGAUACUGGAAGACAUUCCGGAGCAUGAGGAAGACUAUAUGUGCACCCAGUGGGGGCUCCUUCCAGCCCCAGGACUGCAGCAGCAGCCAGAUGCCGAGUGGAUUGAGUUCCAGAGCGAGCUGCACAGGAAGCCGGUUGUGGGGGCAGUUCUGGGCAUGCGCUAUAUCCAGGACGGGCUGCCCUGCAGGCAUGGAGACUCGGGCCAGGCCUGCUGUACCUACAACUGA